UAAAAUAGUUCAUAAAGACUUCUCACCUUCAAAUUCAUUCCAUUUAGGAAAAAAUGUUGAAAACUGCCGAAAACUAUGGAUCAGGCAAUCUGAGCGCUCCUAAAGUCCACUUGUAAAAACCACAGCGUGCCACGAACCAAGUUUCGUGCAGUGGUUUAUCUAAAUCCAGAGACUUGAUUUGGGAAUGGAGUACAUAAGGAGCCUAUGGCUAAUUGGGGAAGCAUCAGAAAUCCAAGUCAAGAGAGGAUAAGUAGUAAUCAAUUUCAGAUAAGAUGAGUGUGGUAAUUCUGGACGGUUCGACCGUGAGGGAUUUCGUUGCAGACGAGGCGGUGUUCAACAAUACCAUCGACGAAAAGUUCAAAACCCUAGAUGUGAACGACGAUGGCGUUCUUUCCCGCUCUGAGCUGCGCACGGCCUUCGAGAGCCUCCGCCUGCUGGAGUCCCACCUCGGCGUCGAUGUCAAGCAGACCCCCGAUCAACUCAACGCCCUUUACAACUCCGUCUUCGAUAGCUUCGACAAAGACCAUGACAACAAUGUCGAUCUGCCCGAGUUUCGCUCUGAGAUGAAGAAGAUUAUGCUCGCCAUUGCCGAUGGCCUAGGCACCGCUCCCAUUCAGCUUCUUGUUGACAACGGCAGCCUCCUCAAAGAAGCCGUCGAGUUUGAAUCUGCCAAAACCCACUAGUCUAGCUUUCAUAUCUGUUAAAUAAACCCUAUUAAUCGAGUUUCAUAUGUUCAAUAAAACCUAAUGCUUUCUUCUUGUAAUCUAAACUAAAAUUUGGAUCUUUGUGUGGAGAUCUCCACGCCUGUCUUUGUAUUAUGCUUUAUUAAUUAAAUAUUUGUGGUUUUGUUCUA